GCACUGAGCUGAAGCCGCUCAGCACCGGUCUCGCGCUGCUCGAGCUAAGAACUCUAAGAGAACCAAAGCACGAGCGACAACAGCACGAGCGCGAGACUACCAAACCGGACGAAACUGAGCCACAGAAAACGGCAACACACUCAACAACAACCGAGAAUGUCCACCUACGCAAGCUCCGAGAGUCGCCGCGUGACGCCCCGCGUGCACGGCAGCGGCUUCGACACAGCGCGGAGAAAGCGCGCGGCCCCGCACAUCUUCGAGCAAGUGCGCGAAGACGCGCUGGUGCGCCUCUUCCGCAAGGCGGGCGACGCCAAGGCCGAGGAGCGCGCGCGGAGCGUCUUUGCUGCGGCGGCUUCCCACGAGCCCGGCGAGACGGCGCGCGCGCUGAUGGCGCUCCACCAGCGCAAGAAGGACAAGCUGCUGCGGAUCGCCGGCGCCGUGCGCCGCUUCCUCGGCGUGCGCUGAACGGGUUGGCGGAGCCGCACGUGACGGCGAAGAGAAAGAAAUGAAAAACGGACGGACGAACAAAGUCGUUCGUUAUUGAAGAACUUUGUACAAAGUGUGCGCGUGCACGCAGCGAUGCCGGUCCGGUUAAGGGGACCACGGUGAGGACAGUGCACAGUGCACCGGUCUCAAGGAUGGAGACGGAGCUCCGUUAGUCUGAAACGGGACAGAAUCCGACGGACACGGGAAGAAAAGAAGGAAAAGAAAUCUGUCCAGAACCGGAACCGGGUCCGAACCGGGACCGUACUUCAGUGAAGGAGGAAAGAGAGACCCCAGGUGAACUGAGUUAAUGAGCCAAAGAUGCUAAAUUACCUCAGAUUCCACAACUCUCAUCAUUCCCGCGCUAUGAGAAGAAGAAGAAGCCAAUCAGAGCACAACAAAGACUUUUUCAUAUUAAUUUAUGAAAUAAUUAAUUUAGAUAUAAGUUUCUAAUAUUUGUUGCAUUUGUUUAUUUCUUUAAACGCACAUUCUGAGUGCACAAGGUGCCUCCUUACACCGAGAUGAAGGACAUUUAUUAAUAGAAAAGAAGAAGAAUGAAAAAAAAGCCUAUAAGAUCACGCCUCAGAUAUACUGUCAUAUUUAUGUGUGACAACCUCUGCCACUUUUUGCCUCAAUUCCAUUUGUGUUCCUGUGUCAUAAGAUGCAUAAUUUUAAUGUACACAUUUAUUAACGCCGCUAUUUAUUUGUUGCAAAAUUGUGGUGUUUUUUUAUAUACCUGAACGUGACUGUGCCAGUUUUCACAAAUAAUAAAUUAUUAACUAAAGUCA